AAGCCGAUCGGCGCACUCCAGAACCCCCGCUGCUCGCUCAAGAGAGACGGCACAUCAUCGCUCAACUCGGAGCUCACCGUUGAAAAACCCAAAAACCCUGACAGUUCCUGGAGAAUGGGCCUUGAUUUUGUUUCUCUGCACAACUUCAGCAAGUAGUGGCGAGAUGAACUGAUAUUACACAAGCACUUUUGCGGUUUCAAAUUGAAAUAUUGUGUUUCUUUGCAAAAGGCAAUACGCUAUACCCUGCGUGAUUUGCUAAUCAGCCCACGGAUUGUACAAUGUGAAGUCCGCAGGAUUAAUUUGUUCUCCCUGGAAAAAGGCAAGUCAUUUGUGUGAGCAUCCCUUUGUGCUCCAGCUCUGCAGGGCGACGGAUUGACUGAAAUUACUGACAGUAACUGUUUCUUUCGGCCAUAGGGCUGGGUAUAGCAAGAUGGGAGCUCAACAGUCCGACUGUAAUCCCGACAUGCCACCUACCAACCUGACAGGAAUGGAGCAGUUAUUCAUGCCCUGGUUCAGGGACAACCUGUCGGUUUUCAUGGUUACCAUCGUCAUGCCCAUCUUGUUCUUCGUGGGCUUGGUGGGAAACCUGGCUUUUUUGUUCGUCAUGGCGCGGGUGUCCUGGAUGCACACCGUCACCAACUAUUACCUGGCUAACUUGGCGGUGGCUGAUAUCUCUUUCCUUGUAGCGGCCAUCGGUGAGAAGAUGUGGGCCUACCAGGCCACCCCGCUCACUAUAGACACGGCGAGCUUCAUGGGCCGCUCCGGUUGCAUCAUUGUCCAUUUCUUGAAGAACUUGACCCUCUUCGCCUCGCUCUUUCUGGUCACCCUGGUCUCCUUGGAGCGCUUCUACGCCAUCUGUAAGCCCGUCCAGCAUUGGAUGCUGAGCGACAAGGGCCGGACGGUCAAGCUAGUUGCCGUGACCUGGUUCAUCGCCUUGGUCUUCGCCUGCUUGUUGGUACCGGCCAACUCGGAGCUCGUCGCCAUCUGCCUCAACUGGCCCGACACGGACAAAUACCGCAGCUUCCCUAAGGUCGUCGGCUCCUGUCACCCUGCUGCCCCCUGGAUGCUCACUUUCUCCCUGGGCAUGCAGACCGUACCGUUCACCGUGGCCAUGGUAGGCAACAUAAUCCUCUACAUCAUGAUCAUCAAGAACUUGAACCAAAGGGUGGCGGCCAAGGAGAAGAAACAAGCCACCCGCCAGGGCUCGGGCACCCCAGCACCACAGAACGUGACCCAGAGCCACCAGAUCCGGAACACGGUGGCCCGGAUGCUUAUAAUCAACGGCACCCUGUUUUUCAUCUGCUUGUCGCCGUUCCAGUUCACUUCCUUCGGGACCUUGAUCGUAGAUGAGAUGGGGAGCAAACCGAUCCUCAAGCAGCACCAGAAGAACAUCCUGCUGAUCGUGUGCCAAACCUUCACCUACGUCAACUCAGUCGUCAACCCCUUCGUGUACACGGUGACCAAUAAGAGAUAUCGCCACGCCUUUUACGUGGCCUUCACCUUCAGCAGAACAGAGCAACGCCAGCGAUACUCCAAGAAUACCUCCGUGGUGACCACGGACAUGUCCACUCGCAUGUGAGGAGGAAAGAACGCAAAUCAACGAACCAACAGCCCUACGGGUCUGCGAGAAUAUUUGGCGGGAAAUCACUGGGCGCCAGACCAGAAGACGAAUCGGCCGAUUUGAACCAGACCAUGGAGACGAUAAAAGCCACUGGUAUCAAGGAAAUUCUCCUUUUUCGUCUUGUAGGUUGCCUACUGAUCUGCCCCAGGGGAGUUGGCAUCUAUGACUCGGGGAGCCCGCCCGCCGCUCACGGUACAGUCACACAUCUUUGAUUUCUCGCCCCCAAAAGAGACACCCCUUCGAUAUAUUUUGCCAAGGGCGAUCUCUGGUUUCACCAAGGACAAAAAAAAAAGACCAAAAAAGGUAUCUGUGUCGAGCUUCCCGCGCUGAUCGCGUUGCACGCACGGGCGGUUGUAAGUCUAGAUCAAUAAUGUUGAGUGCUCGUAUCCCGCCAUGUAUUUCCCGUAAAUCAGUACCCCAUAAUACUCCGAUCAUGUAUUCACUAUCAACCUCGGAAAAAAAUGGCGCCAAAAGUGGCAUUAAAAUCCGUGGAAUUUUACACUUGUAUCAACUGUUUUACUCAUCCCCCUUUAUACAUUUUGUAAAAGCUUGUUACAUUGUUUCACCUGUUUGACAAUCCAAUCAAAUUAUAGCCCAACAUGAAGCGCCAAUGAGUAUGAUAUAAAGUAAAUUUUACUUGACAAAGUCCAAAUAAGUAGCAAACUAAGCGCGCCAAUCCUUAGAUCGAUCUGCUCAAUAUUCAGAAUUCCCUUCAGACUUGACAGCUUACGACUGACUUAAUGGCGUCGGGGUUUUCCUGCGCAUAUUUCGGAUACGAAAUAUCUCCGCAUGUUUUGUAGUUGCUGCGACAUACUCCAUUAUCAUACUCUCAAUUUUUCAUUAUUCCGUGACCAAAAAAUACCUCACAUCAUAAUAAUAUUGUAAUCUGCACUUUAUGUAAAUGAGUUAUGACCAUAAUACAUAAUGGACCGAGGUCAUCUUUACUGUUGGAACCUAUCUUUGCGUAGGAAAAACAAAAUUCGCUGUGAUCAGUACUAUACAGAUAACGCCAAUGUACUUUGUGAAGGUUGCAGACGAUUUUUAAGUGUACAGUUCUUGGGCCGAACCAGCAUAAAGUUUGGAGAAUUAAGGGACGACAAUAGGACACAAUUGAAGUAAUUUUGUACAUAAUUUAUAGCGGGCAUUAGGUUUUUGUUCAAGUAGUGUACUUGCAGUUGGUGCAAUUAUUAUGAUUAUAACCCGUAACUGCGCUAUUUGCUUGUGGCUUGUGUUCGCUUUCAAUAUGGCUCCCUGCGGGUUUCUAUUGAUCUGUAUCAUACACACAGCAUUGCCGCCGUGUCAUCUCGUCAAGUCUUGUGCCGGCUCUCCGCUGAUCCUUGGCAAUUAAAAAGAAAAUAAUAAUAAUGAUAAUAAACAACGCCAGAAUUCGUCUCUGAAUAAUGUAAUUAGUGCCACUGUGCCACGAGACGUGGCUAUGAAAUUGAAUUUGUGACAUGCAGUGUCAUACCAAACGGUAUAUAUACAUACACGUCGAUAGUAGUAUUAUUGGGUAGCAAUGCUGGUUUUGAUCAUAUUUUAUUCAUGUCACACUGCACUGUUGCGUUUCACUGUUCACCGUAGUCCCAUACGGUAGACAAACUAAGAAAGCCAUCUCAGGGUUUAAUGGGAACACGAUUUUUUUAAAUCGUCGUGGAGAUCAACCGACUGAGGUAAACUACCCUACCGGGGGACAACACUGCCGCGGUAUAUCAGCUGGGCUUUGACUGUACAUGUAAUUCUUAUCUCAGAUAUAAAAGUGCUGAACUUUAACAUGAUUUACAUUAUCAAGUGCUGAUCUAAAUACUGUUUUGUUGUCCUGAAAAAAAUCUUGAUUGGUUAAGUUUUAUCAAUUGGCGAAUUAUAUCAAUUACCAGUGUUCUGUCAGAGAGCGCAUUAACAUACAUGUGUUUGCACAAUUUGUUUCGCAAAUGUAA